GGUUUGUUGAGUGGAUUGAUUGAUACGAUGCGAUCGCAUGAUUGGGGUGAUGGGUAUUUGCCGUUUGACGAUAGAUUCGAAGGGCCGGUGGUGCUUGGAGCAGCAGAAAGGAACGAUAAAGAUUACAAUUUCGAGAAUAGGAUAAUUUUACAAGCGUUUGUGUUAUGGAUUGCAGUGAAACUGAAACAGCUGACCGCCGAAGAAGGAUCUGCGGCUUAUUUGAGUGAAGCGUUUGUGAGAAUUGGGGCUUUUUCACCAAUUGAAUUUCGUUUCAUGAUCAGUUUGGAAGAAGAAGAAUCUUCGGAUAUAUUUGAUGAAUUCAUGUUGAAAUAA